AAGCAGGGCAGUCGCUUUGUGCAUUUGCAUUGGUCGCAUGUAGAGUCGCAUGGUAGGCGCGCCCAGCCCCCCAAGUGGUUUGCCUGCUCACACGUAAACAACAGGAGGUCCAGGACUCGCCGUCUAAAGAGAGGCUGAUGCGGCUGCCCAUGGAAGGCUCCAAGCAAAGCAAUGUCUGAAACUAUAGCAAAUAUUGAAGAGCGCUUCGGACAGCUUGGCGAAGAGCGUUUUUAUCACAUAGAGGGAAAUCAACUCUGCCGGACUAAAAGCAGGAAGUUGGCUGCCGGCUCCAUAUUUGCAUGGAUUCAAAACCUGCUCAGAUUUAUCCUCCUGCCUCAGGGCUACCCUUCAAGUGUGAGCGAUGACUACAUGCAGUACCAAUUGUGGGACACCCUUCAGGCGUUCUGCAGCUAUUUGUCCGGUACCCUCACAACCAGAGCCAUCAUGCAGGGGGUUGGGGUUGGUGACGCUGCAGCAACUCCACUGGCGGCCACGAUCACUUGGAUAAUGAGGGACGGCACUGGCAUGGUUGGCAGAAUAGUCUUUGCCAGUUGGAAAGGACCAGAACUGGACACAAAUUGCAAGAAGUGGAGGUUAGCGGCGGAUAUUUUGAAUGAUAUGGCUAUGAGCUUGGAGCUCUGCAGUCCUCUAUUCCCGGAAAGUUAUUUUGCACUUGUGCUGUGCUUGGCAACCAGUAUGAAGGCCAUUGUUGGUGUUGCUGGUGGAGCAACGAGAGCAGCUCUCACUCAGCAUCAGGCCAGAAACGGAAACAUGGCAGAUGUAGCUGCAAAAGACGGGAGUCAAGAAACUUUUGUUAAUCUAAUUGCCAGCAACAUUGGAAUUAUCAUUCUGCCUCUAAUAACUAGUAACGAGCUCGCUUGGAUGCUCUUUUCUCUGCUGACUUCUGUUCACCUAUUUGCAAACUACAGAGCAGUUUGUUGCUUGAACAUUCCCAUUCUGAAUGCGCCAAGAUUUAACAUUCUCUUCCAACAAAUGAAGAGUUCACAAAUUGUUCUCAGCCCCAAAGAGGUGAACGCACGAGAGCCUGUCGUCUUGGGACGAAAUGAUUUUUCAAACAUCAAUGGUUGGAGCAUAAAGUUGGGAGAGUCUUUUUCGACUUUGAAGGAUGUCUCGGUGAAUCAAAUUCAUCACUCGACCUCCCUAAAUCUAGACUAUGCUAUUUUCGCCAGUCCUUCAAAAAUGCAAAUACUUGUCAUGAUGAGAAAAGGAAAACAGCCAGAUGUGUUGAAGGCCUACUUCAAUGCCCUACUAGUUGGCUGCGAAUUGAAGGAACAAAGCUUGCUCAAUGACAAAUCGAUCAACAGGUGUCUGAGUGUCGCUAACGAGAAACUGAACAAUGAGUAUCAAAUACUCAAAGAAAAGGCACAAAAAUUAGGCUGGCUUAUGGAAAAACACCAACUUCUGGUCAAUGAGUGGGUGGCUGACUGGUCUGCAAAGAAAAUUAAUUGAUGUUUUGAAGCAUUAAAGUUUCACUUUUAUUUUAACCAGA